AUGAAAGUACAACCUCGAAAAGACAAGACCAUCUCGCAGGAGCACGAUAUGGCGGCUUCAUCUUCAUCUACUGCACCAGGGUUCAUGAGCAAGACUGCCACCAACGACGAUAAUAUGAGAACCAACGACCCCGCUGGACCCAAGCCUAUCGCAUGGCAACACAACUACUUCGCGACCUGGCUUUCGAUUAAUCUCGUGUGCUGGUUCAUCAUCUCCGGGCUCGGCUCCGGCAGCGUCACCAUCCCGUCGGAAGGCCAAGCUAUCAUCGGCGGCUUCGCAUCCUUUAUCUUCGCCGGCUCGUUCCUUGGCACCCUCAUCAUGGUCGAAGAAGUGUGGUCGCAGACGUCCCACACUCGAAUGCUUGCCGGUACUAUGGGACUCGGGUUGACGGCGACGUACGCUCUCAUGGGUGAAGGCUGGAAUAACGGCUGGCAUCGGACUGCCGUUGCGCUGAGCGGAGGGUACGUCGGGUUCGUGCUGGAGUCUGCGACGGGGGUGUUUGGCUUGUUGCUUCAGGGUCUUGCCAAUACUGGCGAGCCGCAGGAUCCUGCGGUAGUCACGGAUAAGAAGGGCUAG